GGAGGAAGACAGAGCUAUCACAGGCUGUUCAUUUUCUCAUAUAAUAAUCUGUUUAAUAUUUGUAACCUUAAACAAAACCACUUGUCAUGAAUUGACUUCUGGUCUGUGUGGUCCCCUGGAGAUAACGGCUGACACCCUGCUGAGCUCCAGUAGACUGCUGUCCCUCAGGCGAUGGAGUUGUCUCAGAGGGACCGGCUGUCGGAGCUGGUGGAGGAGCUGACCACAUCUGGACAGCCUCAGCUCCACCCGGAGCGGAUGAAGGAGGUGAAGAGGAUCUGCAGAGCGUCUAAUGACUGCAUCGAGCACGUGUACAACUCUGUGAUGUCUCAGCUGAACCAGGAACACGCUGAGGUGCGACUGUCCGCCUUCCAGAUCGCCAUGGAGCUCUUCUCCAGGUCUCACCACUUCAGGACGCUGCUGGUGGACAACUUCCAGGAGUUCCUGGAGUUGACAGUGGAGACGGACUCGGAGCAGCCCCUCCCCCCUCCUAAGGAAGUAGCCAGGAAGUUGAGGGCACAGGCCAUCCAGGCUGUCCAAUCAUGGCAGGCCUCCUAUGGGACAGCCUAUAAGAAGUUAGCAUUAGGCUUCCACUUCCUCAAACAGGUGAAGAAGGUGGACUUCCAGGAUGCUGAGGCCCGGACCGUAUCAGAGAGGAGGAGGGAGGAGGAGAGGCAGAGGAAAAUGGAGAGGAUCUACAAGGAGAGAGUGGAGGCAGCCUCCACAGACAUGGAGGAGUCUUAUCAGGAGAUCGAGGCCACACUCACAGAGAUGGAGUCCUGUAUGAGCCUGCUCAUCCCCGGGUUCCACUUCACAGAGAGCCACACAACCAAUAGCAGCCCUCCACUCUCCCAACCAGCCAAUGAACCGUCAUCAGUGGAGGAAGAGCCCUGCUGCAGCAAAGACCUGCAGGAGGAGCGGACGGAAGGGAAGAUACAGGAGAAGGAGGAGAAGAGCAAUGACUCAGAGGGAAAGAUAGGAGACAUGGAGGAAGGGAUGACAGAGGAGAGGGGUUUAGAGGGGAGGGGUGUGGAUGGGCAGGAGGAGGAGGAGGGAAAGGAAGAUGAGGAGGAGGAGGAGGAGGAGGAGGAAGAGGAGGAGGAGGAAGAGGAAGAGGAAGAGGAAGAGGAAGAGGAAGAGGAGGAGGAGGAGGAGGAGGAAGAAGAGGAGGAGGAGGAGGAAGAGAAAAGUAGUGAGGAAGAGAAGGAGGGGCCUCUUGAUGUAAAUGUGUUCAUCCGGAGCUCUGGGCUGAUAUCUCACUCCUACAACCUGGACCUGAACCUCAGUCCUGGUCUUCAUGUCAGGGAGACGGAGGAUAAUGAGGCAGUGGUUACCACGGUGAUAGACCUCCAUCGGCUGAUAAUGAGCAAACACCUACCAGCUGUGCAGAGCUGGGUUCAGGUGUUCACUAAGUCCUGUGCUGAGCAGCGUCUCCUGCAGAGGGCUCUGGACCUGAAGAAGAGUUUAGAAACUGCGCUGCAGAAACACAAAGAGCUGCACAUCGACUACAAGACCAGACAGCGUAGAGUGAUGAAGGCUACAGAUGAUGAUGACGAUGAUGAUGACGAUGAAGACUUCGAUGAGGUUCCAGAGAAGGAGGGAUAUGAGCCACACAUUCCAGAGCACCUACGAGCUGAGUAUGGUUUGGACCCUGUUCCCUCCACCUCUACAGCUCCAGCCCCAAAGAGAGCUCCAGCUAAAGCCCCCGCAGCCCCCCCUCCCCCCUCCUUCUCCUCCAUCAGGCGGCUGAAGCGUCUCAUGGAUGAUGAGGAGCAGGAUCCCACCUGUGCAGCGGCCACCCAGCGCCGCCUCACCCAGACCCUCCCCCUGCCUGCAGAGCCCAGCAGCAGCAGCUCCUCGGGGCCCGGCUCCUCCUCGGGGCCCGGCUCCUCCUCGGGGCCCGGCUCCUCCUCGGGGCCCGGCUCCUCUCAGAAGGCUGCUGAUGCUCCUGUGGUUCCGUUUGGUCUGGACCUCUACUACUGGGGCCAGGAGCAGCCCAACGCUGGCAAGAUCAUCAAGUCGGCCUCCCAGCAUCAGUUCUGGGUUCCCAUCGAUGUGGACGAGGAGGUGGAGAACAAGGAGCUGCUGGCAGAGAGCCGCAGCAGAUACAUCUCCUUCCCCGGGAGCUUCACCCCGGUCAGCCAUCACUGCCAAGCUCCUCUGGGGGGCGGGAAGCUGUGCCAGAGACAGGACCGCCUCAAGUGUCCUUUCCAUGGAGGCAUCGUCCCUCGGGACCAGGAAGGGAGACCCUGCAGACUGGAGGACCGGCUGAGGGAGGAGAAGGAGGAGAGGAAGAGGAGGGAGGAACACCCGGACUGGAAGGAUGCAGAUCUGAUGCGGGACAUCGAGGCGGCCACAGGAGAAGACCUGGGCUCUGACAGGCUGGGGAAGAAAAGGAAAGGGAAGAAGAAGAAGUACCCGAACCUCAGCGACCUGAAGCAGAGCGCCAACACGUCCCGCUCCAGGCUGGAGAAGAAAGUGCUUAACAAGAGCGCCAUGCGCAGAGUAGCGGAGGUGAUGAGUAAAGCUGACAGCAGGAAACAUGACAAGUUCUCCAACCAGUUCAACUACGCCAUCCACUGACCUGCAUUCACAUUGUGACUCUGAAGAAGAGAGGAACGUGAUUCUCAUAAUAAUAAUGAGAUUUAAAGAACUUCUGACACACCUAAUGAAUAUCAAUUAUUCAGCCUUUAUACGCAUAGUUUACAUUUUGUAUAACUGAUUGAAUUUAAUGUUUAACUGCUGAAAAUUAUGAAGGUUAAAAAAUGUGUGUGUGUGUAUGCGUUUUCCAAGUCCAUAUUUGUAUUUAUAAAUGUUUCAUUUGGUACAUUUGUAAGUAAAUGUUUUGUUCUUAUUGUGAUCAGUUCAUUGAAAUUUAUAUUUUGGUUAUGAAGUGAGUGAACAUAUCUGUUGCACCUA